AUGGGCGCGGAGCAGGGGGCGGAGCUGGUGGGGCCCGGAGCCAAUGAGAGAGCGCGGCGGGGAGGAGGGGGGCGUGGCCAGCGGGGAGCCACUAUUGUUGAUGAAGAGCCGGAGCGGCGGCGGCGGUGGUUGUGCGGGUCCCGAUCCGGGCCCGGGCGGCCCCCCCCCCCCUCCAUCCCUCCCCCCGUCGUUGCCGUGGCGAUGUCUCAGCGGGGAGCGCGGCGCCCGGGCUCCCCCGGCCCGGCCCCGGCAGGCGGCGCGGCGGCGGCGGCGUCGGCGGGCGCCGGCCUCGGCCGCCCGCAGCCCAUGCGGGCCACGGUUCCGUUCCAGCUGAAGCCGCAGCCGCACGGCAGCCCCACGCGGGGCGGCGCUAACAACGGGGGCGGCCCGGGCGGUCCGGGCGCGCGGCCGAGCCCCGCGGUGGGCACGCAGACGGGAGCGCCCGCGCCGCCCGCGGGCCCGGGUCGUCCGGCCGAGUGCCCCCCGGGGGCCGCGGGCCGGGUGCGCCCCCCGCGCCGCUCCCCGGAGCCCCGCCGCGCCUCCCCGGACCGGAAGAGCCCCGCGGCCCCCGCCGCCAGGACCGCAGUUGACAAACAGCGGCCACCGCCGUCAAGCCCUUCCAGUAUUAUCCGACGCACUUCCUCAUUGGACACCCUCGCUGCCCCGUACCUGGCCGGACACUGGCCUCGGGAAAACCCCGGCCAGGCGGCUCCCUGCAUGAGGGACAAAGCUACACAGACAGAGUGUGCCUGGUCUGAAGACUACUUGGAAAAAAAGAAAGGCUCUCACAAGCGUUCAGCCUCUUGGGGAAGCACGGACCAACUCAAGGAGAUUGCAAAAUUACGGCAGCAGCUCCAGAGAAGUAAGCACAGUAGCCGCCACCACCGAGAUAAGGAAAGGCAGUCUCCAUUCCACGGCAACCACGCCGCCAUUCACCAAUGCCAGGCUCCAAUUCCAAAGAGCGUACUCAUCCCAGUGAUUCCCAUCACCAAAUCAACGGGAGCGCGGUUUCGGAACAGCGUGGAAGGGCUCAACCAGGAGAUUGAAAUCAUAAUUAAAGAAACCGGAGAAAAGGAAGAGCAACUUAUUCCCCAAGAUAUUCCGGACGGCCACCGGGCCCCUCCGCCCGUGGCCCAGCGCAGCAGCAGCACCCGCAGCAUCGACACCCAGACGCCCGGCGGAGCCGACCGGGGCAGCAACAACAGCAGCCGAUCCCAGUCCGCCUCGCCCACCUCCUUCCUCGCCAUCUCAAACGAAGACAAUGGGAACAACUCUCCGGUGCCCAAAUACGCCACGUCACCAAAACCUAAUAACAGCUAUAUGUUCAAACGGGAACCUCCAGAGGGCUGUGAAAGGGUGAAAGUAUUUGAGGAGUGCUCGCCGAAGCAGCUUCACGAAAUCCCAGCCUUCUACUGUCCCGACAAGAACAAAGUCAAUUUUAUCCCCAAGAGCGGCUCCGCGUUCUGCCUCGUCAGCAUCCUCAAGCCCCUCCUCCCCACCCAAGAUCUCACGCUCAAGGGGUCGAGCCACGGCCUGACUGUGUCCCCCGGCGUGGGCCCCACCCUGCUGCAGCCCGUCGCCGUGGCCUCCCAGUCGACCAACACAGACCAAGAGCGGAUCUCCCGUGGGACGAGCACGCUCCUUUCGCAGACCUGCAUCCUCGAGCAGCCGGGACCCAUCGAGGAAGCGGAGGAGUAGGGGCCGCCCGGGCCCAGCCCGGCCCCCGCCGGGAUCCCCGGAGUCCUCGGGACGCGGCCCCGUAGGGAGACGGGGGCGGCGGGGUGGGUCACGCCUCCCGAUGUCACCAGACUGACGGUGCCGGAAACCGUUCAGCGACACGGUCCGGUCCUCCGUGACCGACUGUCGCCGGGCCGGGGGAGCGUCUGGGAGAAAGCGGGCGGCUCCGGCGCUGGCGGUCGGCAGCUUGGGGGUGGCCCGAGUUCCGUCCAUCCCCCCCAUUUUGAAGCAGUGGUCACCCCCGCCCCGGGGGCUCCGGCCCCCAAUCCAGGACCAGCCUCACCGCCUUCCCCCUUUCGGGUCCAAAUUAAGUUCCUUCGGAAGAGAGCAACUGACUCUGGCCUUGCAGAUGUCAUCGCCCGUGCUGCGGGAACCACCUUCCCUUGUUUCUUUUUCUGUCUUCUUCUUUUUUUUACAAAAAUAACUAUUUUAUAGUAACUGGAUUUUCCGUGUUCUGAUCCGUAGCAGACAGUAGGAUGUUCCAAAAUCAUUCCCCUGGCCGGUGUUUCUCGUUGCCCUCCGUAGGUGUGUGCUUUCCUCAGCCGCGGGGACCAGAGGUACCGUUGAGAUUCCGCAGUGAUGAAGCCUCUCGACGGCGCGCCUCCCCUCUCCAAUAAGAGUAGGAAAAUAAACACAUUGGAAUUGUACGUGGGAAAACACAGAGAGCGAUACCAGUCCCUCGCGGAUCGUUUCUGGAGCUCGGAAGUUGGGGCCGGGGAGAAACGGCUAUUCCCGUGGCUUCUAGGAGUUGAGGACGAGUCGUACCCCGGGACCAGAAAGACCCUUUCUUGCGUCCGCAGAGUAGAAUCACCCCAUCGGUGCUCUGCGGUUUGUCUGCCCCUGACACAGACUCUAGGCAUGGUUCCUUUCCCUUCCCACCUCCCUUCCCCCUUGAACGCUCUUGGCGGUUUGUUUAAGUUGGAUUUGUUUAAGUUGGUCAUUAACCUGGAGUGGAAUUACUGCCCAGCUGUCAGUUGCCACCCCCCUAUCGUAAUGCUCUCCUCCUCUGUUAGAUUGGACUCUCCCAAGCGCUUAGUCCAGUGCCCCGCACACAGUGAGCCCUCAGUAAAAACCACCGAUGGACUGAUGGAUCUAGCAGUGGGCCGGCAGUGUCGAACAACAGCCUGGACCCUGCUUGCCGCCUGCGGCUUGUGCCGGCUAGCCAUUUCGCAUUCCCUUGGAAGGAAGCCCGCUCCGGAGUCUUCCUCGCCCGUUGAAGAAUUGCCGAGGGGUCUCGGAGCAGUCAGGCCCAAAUUGAGCGGAAGCCAAGAUAGGGGUGAUGGGGCGGGGUUGCCAAAGCCAUUUUGUACGGUUUAAAAGAACUCAAAGAUCAGAGCGGUGGGAUGGAGGCAUGAGAGACGGCUAUUUGAAAUCACGUCAGAGGGCGUUUCUAAACUCUUAAACUGUCAUAGUUUCAUAUACAUAUAUAUCUGUAUAUUUUGGCCAGAAUCCAAUCACAGGCACUUAGAACAGAGGAAACACUUGAACAUUUGAUUAAUCGUAGUUUCUCUGCACUUAAAAUGCUUAAUCAAUCAAUCAAUCGUAUUUAUUGAGCGCUUACUGUGUGCAGAGCA